AUGUAUUAUUUUGUCAUUAAGCCAAUUAAUUGGACGGAGCUUGGUUCCUGGCUUCGAGUUCUGAUGCAGGAAACUAGUACACAGAAAACACCUGAAGGAUUGGAGGGCUAUAUGGAUGAUGCACAUCCUUAUCAUGAAGCUGUUGAGAUAACUCGUGUACCCGAUCCUAUCAAUAGAUCUUCUUAUUUAUCUGUUAAACCAAAAGUACAAUCAUCAUCAUCUUUGCCUGAUGAACAGACCAGAUCAGGUGGUCAUGAGAACCGUGACAGUGGAAUAUGUUCCUCAGAAUCAACUAAAGACAGAUUUAACUCAUUAGAUAGAAACAGAAACUCUCCAAAAGUACAUCCUUGUUUCACAGAUUCUAGUCUCCCACGAGUUAGUGUCUUUGAAACUGGUGCUAUUUAUACUCAGAUGAAAAGACCCAGUGUAACUGGAUCUUCAUUAUCACCAACAACAGGAAGCGUGAGUAAUUGCAGCAAGUCUAAUGAAAACUGUAGAAAAGAUGAUGACGCAAAUAAAAAUAGUGAUGAUGAUAAUUUAUUCUUUGACUUUGAAAUUGAUACAUUUGGAAAUUCAUCUAAUAAAAGGGGCAGCAGUUUAGUAGAUGAGAUAAUGUGGGAAUUGAAGAUUCAGCACGAUACUGAUAAGACAUCUACUGAAACUGGUGAACAGAAAAUUUCUGAACUAACCGACAAUAAUCCAGAGUCAUUGACUAUAACUAAAAGGAAAUCAGUGGAGUUCAGUCCUAUAGAGAAUGAUAUCAGUCCAAUUAAAUCCGAAGAUGUAACGACUUCAAGAAGAGAAUCUGAUUUUCUUUGCUCAAGUUUUGAUAUAAAUGACAAUGAACAAGUAACAAGUGAUUUAAAAUGUGAUAAUAAUGAAGAGUCAAAUUUAGUAAUUGAUGUUCAAACAUGUUCAGUUGGAAAAAUGACGUCAGUGAAGAGGCAUCCUUCAAACGUGUCGGCUAAAAUAGAUGUCACAGAAACUUUGGCAGAGCUGAGAACAAGACUUGUACAGCUUAAGAAAGACAGAAUAAGUAUCAGAGACAGAAAACAACAGAUAUCAUCAGAGAGGGAUAGAGAGUUCCUAGAAGCUGAAUAUGAAAGGUUAAAUAGGGAGUGCAAGAAAGUAACUGAAGAAAUAAAACAGUUAGAACAACCAGUUGAUAAAAUUGUAGAUGAAUUUAAAAGAAAUUUGAAUUUAGAUGUGGAAACCCAAGGCAUCAAUGAAAACAAAAGAGAAAGUACAUCUUGUGAUAAUCUAGAAAUACAAGGUGAUUCUGGUGUUGCAAAUAAAAGAAGUGUGUUGUGUGAUACUGUUAAAAUGAAAGAACUGUGCAAUGACGUUGAUUGUAACAAUGAAAUAAUUUCAAGUACCACUGCAAUUAAACAAUUUGAUCCUGUUGUAACACAACCUACUGAUAAUGUUUUAGACAAUGACGAGAAUGUAAGUAGCACUGUUUCAAAACUAUAUAAAGAUAGUCUUUCAAACAGAACUGAAAUGUCCAGGGAAACAUUAACAAAUGAAAGUACAGAAUGUAUUGCAGAUAAUGUAACUUUAUUGGAAAAACAGUUAAAACUAUUCUGA